AUGCUUCAUGAAGUCGUAAAGGUUACAAAAGACGACGGAACCGAUUUGGCAGCUACAGACGAAUUAGCACCUGUUAAUAAUUUGCUGCAUUCGAUGUUUAAACCUUUACUCAAUUACGGGCCGGAUGCAAAGGAUUCGCAUCUAAGUAGUGCCCUCUGGUAUGGGGACACAUCUUCAAAAAUGGAUAUUUUGGGUGCUGCAAAUAACGGAUACAAAAUAAGAAAAGAAUUUGCCGCCGGUAGUAAACAUAUUGAUCUUAUCGGACACUUACGCGGAGAUAUUUUUAAUCAGCAAAAAUUUUUGCACAAUGGCGUAGAUUUAAGAGUGAAAAUAGAAGGUGAAAAUAAAUCCAUCGGUAAUGUUAUCGUUAACGAAUGUUUUGGAAAAAACAACAGCAAAGUAUCCAAUUACCAGAACGGAAAUAAAAGACAAUUACCAAAACGAGUCAUAAUAGGAUUUGUCACCAAUAAGGCUUUUAAUGGACAUUACAAGUUUAACCCCUUCAACUUUCAACAUUUCAACAUGAACUUUUUUGCUCUCUACGUCGACGGUAAUCAACUACCAUCUAAACCACUCCAGCCUGAUUUUGGGGCCGACAACAAACUUUUUGUUAAUAUGUAUCACACUUUGUUUUCUGGUACUGGUAUACAUUUUUUAAAUGAAGGUAAUGGAAUAAGUCGGCAGCGUUAUGACGGUGGUUCUACGCUGAUAGCUUUCGACUUAACACCUGAUUUAUUGGCAAGUUCUACCUCUCACUGGAAUCUAGUCAAGAGCGUUAAUCUACGCAUAGAAGUUGGUUUUAAAGAAGCUUUGAACGAGACAGUAUAUAUAAAUAUUGUGAUAGAUUAUAGCAUCCGCGCCGUCCUCCCGCGCCGCCGCCCGUCCCGCCGCGCCGUCGCCCGUCUCGCCGCGCCCGAGGAGAGCCACUACCCGCAGCCGAGUCCCUACCUAGUGCACUAA